GUCGGCGUAAACAACAUUGUCUGUCCGGCGAGAAUAGCACAGUGCGGAGGAUUUAUCAUCAUUCACACCUUAUUCACAGUGUACCGGUGCGUGGUGAAGUAAGAAUAAGUGACAGUGAGUAUCGAGGGUUAAAUGGCUUGGGUGUGAAGUGACCGGGAGAGAGCGAAAAGAGCGUGACGAGGGUUGAGGUGGCGAGGACCUACCUGCCAAGGAGCUACAUGAGGAGUGAGCCGACAAGAUGCAUAUUGCCGUUGAAGGAUGUUCUCAUGGGGAACUAGACACCAUCUACAAUGUGAUCCAGAGGUUGGAGCAGAUGCACGGCUUCAAGGUGGACCUCCUGCUGUGCUGUGGAGACUUCCAGUCCGUGCGCAAUGAACAGGACCUCAAAUGCAUGGCUUGUCCUAUCAAGUAUAUGAGUAUGCAUGAUUUCUACAGGUACCAUUCAGGUGAGAAGAAAGCCCCUGUCUUGACCAUUUUCAUCGGAGGCAACCACGAAGCCUCCAACUAUCUGCAGGAGCUUCCCUAUGGUGGGUGGGUGGCCCCUAACAUUUACUACAUGGGGUAUGCCGGAGUGGUCAGAUAUGGAGGGCUGCGCAUUGGGGGCCUGUCAGGGAUAUAUAAGGGCCCAGACUACCUCAAGGGCCACUAUGAAAAGACACCUUAUUCCGACGAUUCAAUACGCAGUGUUUAUCAUGUGCGAAACCUUGAGGUCUUUAGGCUGAAGCAGCUCUCCGGCGACCAUGACGUGUUCAUGAGCCACGACUGGCCACGCGGCAUCUACCACCACGGGCCCAAGGAGAGGCUCAUGCGACUCAAGAAACACUUCCGCUCCGAGAUAGAGAACAACACCCUGGGCUCUCGUGCCGCCGAGGAAGUGCUGAAAAAACUGCGGCCAAAGUAUUGGUUCUCUGGCCACCUCCAUGUGAGGUUCCCUGCCGUCCUGCAGCACAAGGAUGAAAAUACUCAGAGUAUCAAGGUCACAAAAUUCUUAGCACUUGACAAGUGCCUCCCUCGGCGAGACUUCCUCCAGGUGAUUGAGGUUCCAAGCACCGAGCCACUUGAGCUAAGUUAUGAUGCAGAAUGGCUGACAAUCCUCCGUCUUACCAACCACCUUCUCUCUGUUAGUGACAAGACAGUCUACAUGCCAGGCCCAGGCAGUUCUGAGAGAUAUCAAUUUACACCGUCCCAAGAGGAAAUUGCAGAAACUGUACAGAAGAUGGAAGGCAACAUGAGGAUACCACUCAGCUUCUCCCCAACUGCCGAGUCCUACCAGGAGGCACGGGGCAAGCCGAGGAUGGACCUGGUGCAGAUGCCUCGGCCGUCGGUCAACCCACAGAGCACAUUGCUGUGUGAGAGGUUGGGCAUUGACGACCCACUUUCCCUUCUACUCGGCAAUAAGCAGAGGACCCUUGCCUCUCCUAGAGUCAGUCAGGUCAUGUCACCCACAAUCAACGAGUCAGAACUCAACAUCACCAUGGAAACCUCCAAGCUGUCCACUAACCCUGAUGAGGUGGAGUUGAGUGAUGAUGAGAACCCAGACAUCAUCAUGGAGAUGAAGUUCACCCCUGACUCCCCAAGCAACCCAGAGUAUGUGUUGAGCCCCAUUAGGAGGGAAGGGACAGCCACUGCUGACAGUCCACAGCCCUAUACCAGCUCACCUCUGCACAACAAGGAGUCAAGGCCGGGACUGGUCUUGUCGAAUCCCAAAAUUGGAGAGUCCAGUGAGAUGGCCAAGAUAUCUGCCUGUGACUCCUCCUCCACCACCUCCUCCCUCAGUGAGAGUGAGUGUAGUCCACGGAGGAGUCCACAAGCCAAGCGACUCAAUGAGGAGAAGGAAGGAGCUCAGAUGGAAGCAGGGUCCUCCUCCACAUCCAGUUCAGGCUCCAGUAAGAUAAAAAAGUUAAAGAGGCGGAACCAAGCAAUGUACUCAUCAACGGAAGAGGAAAUAUAAAUUUUCCAUACCGGAAUUAAAUUGAGAAGAGUUCAAAGUAUUUCCCGUGUUGUUGUACACUGCCGCGUUCGUAGCGACACGUUUUUAUUGAAGAAGAAUGAGUGAGUGACUGCGUGGGGUGGAUGUCUGUCUGGCGAUGUGUAUUCUAAACUUUUGUGACAAUUGGCUGCUAGUGAUUGGUGAUACUGAGUGUGUCAUGAGAGGAAAUUUAUUACAGUUGUGUGUGUUGUUGGGAUGUAAGGGAGUGUUUUGUAUUGUUGCCAGUGUUGGAUGGUGUUGGUGGUGCAGCAGAGUGAGGGAGUUCAGCUCCUCCUCUGUGUAUUCCUGGUACAAAGUAUGAAACAUUUGCUUAAUAUUCUUUCCUACUUUUCAGUUCAAUUGUAUGACGACAUUGUUGGAUAAAAAUAAUAUUUUACUACUUGCUUUAAUGAUAGGAAUUUUAUUUAUAAAAUUUUGUCCAUUUUUUUCCUUUAUCUGAUUCUGAAUAAAGAUUACAGACGCCAUAUCGACUCAGGAGUUGAUAAGCAGUGUAUAAGUUUGGAUGUUGUCUUAGCAAACUUUAGAACUACGUACAAGAGCAUCUGUUUUAUGUUGUGGACAUAACUGUUGGCAGCAGGAGCACUGGGGGACAACUUAAGUUUGAGAUAUCAAGUGCAAUGUAGAAAUAUCAAUCAAUCAGUCUCCGUGUCUAUUCCCUGGCAAGUGCCUAGCACUGUGCCAUGGAGAAUGGAGUGUUGUAGGGCAUAUUGUUUCUUCCAAGGUCUUACGAUCACUGACAGUUUAAUUAUUGGUUUCCUGCCUUUAUUUUAUAUGAUGUAAUAUGCUUAUUUGAUAGCACUUUGCUUAUGUUAACUUAAAAGAAUGUAAUUCACUUUUAUAUUCCUAUUUCAUAAUGCAUUCUGUAAAUGUGUAAUAGAUUAUAAAGAAAUCUAUAUUAUAAGGAA